UAGAAACCAGGGAACGCAGCAGCGCAGCGCUGAUGAUAAUAAUGCUGUGUGUUGUUUUAAUUCAAAGAAUAAAUAUGAUUAUUUUGAAGCUCUGAGAGCCGUUUCUGCACUGACUCUAUCAGCAAAGAAGAGCGCCGGGGCCUGAAGGAGUCUCUCGCUGAGGACGGAGCGGAAAAAAACAAAAAAAAAAACAGCAGAAAAACUCUAAAAGCUGAGCUAAGCUAACACGGCUAACGGCAGCGAUGUUUAUUUACCUCAGCAAGAAGAUUGCCAUACCCAACAGCAUCCGGCUGAAAUGUGUCUCCUGGAACAAAAAUCAGGGUUUCAUAGCCUGUGGAGGGGAUGAAGGCCUACUGAAGGUUCUGAAGUUAGAAACCCAAACAGAUGAUGCAAAACUGAAGGGUCUUGCAGCUCCCAGCAACCUGUCCAUGAAUCAGACCCUGGAAGGACACAGCGGAGCUGUACAGGUAGUCACAUGGAAUGAACAGUACCAGAAACUAACCACCAGUGACCAGAAUGGCCUCAUCAUCGUCUGGAUGCUCUACAAGGGCUCCUGGUACGAGGAGAUGAUUAAUAACAGGAAUAAGUCAGUGGUGAGGAGUAUGAGCUGGAAUGCAGAUGGAGAGAAGAUCUGUAUUGUGUAUGAAGAUGGUGCUGUCAUUGUUGGAUCAGUGGACGGGAACAGGAUCUGGGGGAAGGAGCUGAAGGGGAUCCAGCUGGCUCAUGUGGCCUGGUCUCCAGACAGUAAGAUCCUACUCUUUGGAAUGGCCAAUGGAGAGAUCCACAUCUACGAUAAUCAGGGCAACUUUAUUAUGAAGAUGACCCUGCAUUGCUUGAUGAAUGUGACGGGCCCUUUGAGCAUUGCAGGGAUUCACUGGUAUGCUGGAACGGAAGGUUACAUUGAGCCAGACUGCCCGUGCCUUGCUAUCUGCUAUGACAACGGCCGCUGUCAGGUCAUGCGAUUUGAGAAUGAUGACAAUCCAAUAGUAAUCGAGACCGGAAUGAAUGUUGCCAGUAUCCAGUGGAACCACUGCGGGAGCGUACUUGCUAUUGCAGGAUCUCUCAGGAGCUCUGGCGGUGAUAAAGAUAUGAAUGUUUUAAAUUUCUACACUCCAUUUGGAGAGCACCUUCGUACUCUAAAGGUUCCUGGGAAGCAGAUCACUGCUGUAUCGUGGGAAGGUGGAGGACUGCGGAUUGGCCUGGCUGUAGAUUCCUUCAUUUACUUUGCCAACAUCAGACCUGAUUACAAGUGGGGUUACUGUUCAAACACUGUGGUAUAUGCCUACACACGACCAGAUAGGAUGGAGUACAGCGUGGUCUUCUGGGAUACAAAGAACAAUGAGAAAUUUGUGAAGUAUGUAAAGAGCCUGAUUUCAGUCACCACCUGUGGAGAUUUCUGCAUGUUGGCUGCCAAAGCUGAUGACUCCCAUCCACAGGAAGAUCCAGACCCAGAAGCUGGAGCAUCAACGUAUGUGCUGGUGUUGUGUAACUCCAUCGGAACUCCCCUGGACUCCAAAUACAUUGACAUUGACCCUCUGUUUAUAACCAUGACAAAGACUCAUGUGAUUGCUGCAUCCAAAGAGGCCUUCUACGCCUGGCAGUACCGUGUAGCCAAAAAGCUCACUGCCUUGGAGAUCAACCAGGUCGCCAAGACCAGGAAAGAGGGCCGUGAAAGAGUUUACCACAUCGAUGACAGUCCAACUGGAGCCGGCGACGGGACUCUCGACUUCGCCAAAGCCUUCACAGCAACGAGAGAUCCCAUCUGUUGCAUCACAGCAUCGGACAAAACCCUCAUAGUGGGUCGUGAGUCUGGGGUUCUGCAGAAAUACAGUCUGCCCAGUAUUACCCUCCUACAGAAGUAUUCUCUGAGCUACAGGGCUUACCAGCUGUCUCUCAACUGCAACUCCAGCCGGCUGGCUAUUAUAGAUAUGACAGGAGUGCUGACAUUUUUUGACAUAGAGACGCGUGGGUCUUUAGGAGAUGCAGAGGAAGGGGCUUCAGCUGGAGACCCCUCUAAAUUUGAGCGCAAAGACGUGUGGGAUAUGAAAUGGGCCAACGACAACCCUGACCUGUUUGCCAUGAUGGAAAAGACCAGGAUGUACGUCUUCAGAAAUCUAGACCCAGAGGAACCAAUUCAAACAUCUGGAUUCAUCUGCAACUUUGAAGAUCUGGAAAUUAAGUCUGUUCUUUUGGAUGAGAUAAUGAAGGAUCCUGAGCGGCCGAACAAAGAUUACUUGUUGAAUUUUGAGAUCCGUUCCCUGCGGGACAGCAGAGCUCUGAUAGAGAAAGUGGGAAUAGAAGAUGCCUCGCAGUUCAUCGAGGACAACCCUCAUCCUCGCCUCUGGAGACUGUUAGCCGAGGCCGCGCUGCAGAAGCUGGAGCUGAAGACGGCGGAGCAGGCGUUUGUGCGCUGUAAGGAUUAUCAGGGUAUUGAGUUUGUGAAGAGGCUGGGGAACCUGCAGAGUGAGGCUAUGAAGCAGGCAGAGGUAGCGGCCUACUUCAGUCGCUUUGAAGAGGCUGAGAGGAUGUACUUGGACAUGGACCGCAGGGACCUGGCGAUCAGUCUGAGGAUAAAGCUGGGUGACUGGUUCCGGGUGCUCCAGCUAUUGAGGACUGGAUCAGGAGACUCUGAUGACGCUCUGCAGGAACAGGCCUACAACGCCAUUGGAGAUUACUUUGCUGACAGACAGAAGUGGCUGAAUGCAGUGCAGUACUACCUACAGGGCCGGAACCAAGAGAGACUGACAGAGUGUUACUACAUGUUGGAGGACUACGAGGGCUUGGAGAGACUCGCUAGCUCUCUACCAGAAAACCACAAACUGCUACCAGACAUUGGCCAGAUGUUUGUCACUGUGGGCAUGUGUGACCAAGCAGUAAGCUCCUAUCUCAGAUGUACCCAACCAAAAGCAGCAGUGGAUGCCUGUGUGCAUUUAAACCAGUGGAAUAAAGCUGUAGAAUUGGCUAAAAAUCACAACAUGAAGGAGAUCGGCCCUCUGCUGUCCAAGUAUGCCUCUCACCUGCUGGAAAAGAACAAAACCCUGGAGGCAGUUGAGCUCUAUAGGAAGGCUCAUCACUUUCUGGAUGCUGCUAAGCUCAUGUUUAAGAUUUCUGAUGAUGAGGCGAAGAAGAGGACAAGGCCGCUGCGAGUGAAGAAGCUGUUUGUGCUCGCCGCCCUGCUGGUGGAAGACUACCAUGCUCAGGUCAAAAACACCCAGCAGAGCAGAGCAAAGGGCAAGAAGUCAGAGGCCACGUCUGCUCUGGCAGGCUUACUGGAAGAAGAUGCAUCCACGUCUGACAGUCGUAUUGUGGAUAAGGCUUGGCGUGGAGCAGAAGCUUACCAUUUCUUCCUUCUGGCUCAAAGGCAGCUCUAUGAAGGCAAAGUGGAGGCUUCUAUGAACACAGUUCUUCACCUACGUGACUAUGAUGAUAUCAUUCCAGCAGAGGAGAUCUACUCCCUGUUGGCCAUCUGCUCAUCAGCGAAUCGUGCGUUCGGUACCUGCUCUCGAGCCUUUGUUAAGCUGGAAUCUCUGGAGAGUCUUUCCUCAGAGCAGAGGCAGCUGUAUGAGGACCUGGCCCUGGAAAUCUUUACCAAACACAGCCCUAAAGACAACCGCAAGAGCCACAUGGACAGCACAGACGACAGCACUGAGGGCAAGCUGCCCACCUGUAUAGUGACCGGCAGGAGCAUCUCGGAUUAUCAGUUCUGGAUGUGCAGCGUGUGCAAACACUGUGCACACGAGCAAGAAAUCACAAACUACAACUUCUGCCCUCUCUGCCAUUCUUCUCUGACCUGAGACUGACCUUCUUGUGUCUUUGUCCACCUCUGUUUGCCUAGUUCACAUCUCUUGAGUCUUAACUCAUCAUUGUUUUUUAUCUGCAGCCAAGUGGAAACUCUGGACGCUUCAUACUUCAUGAACUGUAGCAGAGUUCAACUUACUCAGCAGUUAACUGAACACACAGUGAAAGUACAAGAGUGAGGCACUGAGGCAGGGUAUUUAAAUGUCUUAUAACUCUGAUGCUUUUGAAAUAAUUUGUCUAAUCCAUUUAUCUGCAGUUUGUAUGCCAGAUUUUCAGAUUUUCACCAGUUUGCAAGGUACAGAUUAAUUGUGAAUGGAUCACAAGCAGCCAACAGUGGAUCAUAACCCAGCCAAUUGACACGGUCAUAAAAAUCUUUUAUCUCCAUUUUCUGUUUUUUCACAUGCAACAGGAAAAUUUGAAACUUAAUGUAAAAGUUUUUUUUUUUUACAUAGUGUGAUAAUUAUGUUGAAUGUACUAAUAGUACAAUACCAAAAAUAAUGUUUUCCACAUUGAUUUACACUGAAAGUGCACAUUUUUUCAUGGAGAUACAAGAUUUCUGUCUGGAAACACUUAUAAUCUAAUCCAGUAUAAUGCUAUUUCAGCAUCCGCUCAUUGACUUUUAAUAACUCUGAUGUUUAAGUCAUUUGACUUAUUUUUUUAAUACACACAGGAAUUGUUGUCUGUGUUGACUGAUUGUACAUACUGGAUACAGACAUAUGGAAAACACUACAGUAUCAUUUGGACAAGAUGUUUAACUACAUUCCAAGCAAAGUCUAACUGGCUAUAUACAUUUUACUUAAACUGAAGUCUGACCAUGUCAUUUUUGUCACAUUACAUAUUCCAUAUAUUAAUAAAUUUCAUUUUAUAUAACAAAUUCAGAUGCAUUCUUAAGUCAUAUUGUUAUCUUUCACAUCCCAGUUAUUUUUUACAAAUGUUAUACAGAAUGAUAUCUAACAUAUCAUGUUGCAUUGAUUGUAAAGUGAGAGAGCAGCUAUUUUUACUGUGUGGGUUCAAAGCCUGUUGCAGAAUGUUUAACACACCAUACCCAUAGAGACGUUUUAUGAAAGAGACCAAACAACAUGUGUAUGCAAAUAUGUUUUUAUUGUCCUGAAUAGUAAAAUAAAAAGUUAUCUAAAGUA